AUGGUGUCAUCGAACGAUCCUAUCGAGACGAUAUUCAAUUCAAUCCAAGUCGUUAAAGAUGCUCUUCACCCCAUCGAGCUUGGCGUCAAAAAGGCUGCGAAAGACAUCGAGAGUUGUUGGAUAAGCAAAGAAAAGGACUUUCGUGUGGUUUUGAGAUCUUCAGGGAGAAACAGGAAGAAGCGGAUUAGUCCUAGUCCCGACUCUGAGGAGGACGAUGUUAAUACUGUUCAGAAGAAAAGUUUGUCUGUCAAGAUUCCUGUGAAGUCACUCUUUGGCAUGUUUUCACCUAAUCUAGCAAACGAGAAGCUUAGCCGUGGAAACGAGGUUGUGAAGAAGAAGAAGAAAGACAAGUUCUUGGGAAGAGAGGAGGAUGGUGAUGGUUCUUGUACGAAUUGCUUUAAGUUUGCUAUGACUUGGUCUUUGUUGGUUAGUGGCUUUGUCCAUGCGUUUCCUAUUCCUUUUAAGAAGAGGGUUCACAGAGAUGAGAAUACUCUUUUGCAUUCACGUAAACAGAACGUUAGGGCAAAGGCUAAGUCUAUAGAAAAGGAAGGGAACAACCCUUUUUCGCAUUCCAUGGGUUUUGUUAUUAAAAUGUUGGCUCAUAAUCUCCAGAAGCUGGACCGGUUUGUGCAGGAGAGUUCAAAGAAUGAAAAGGAAGCUACUCCGCUUGUUUUUAACAUUUGGGAUGCUAGGAAGCUUGAUGUUAAUGGGUUUCUUGGGAACUUGAUGUUUGCUAGAGUUGGAGACGUGGCGUCUGGUAUUGUUGGUCUGACUUCUCCUGUAAGUGAAGAUGGUGAUGAAAGUACUGCUGGUAAGGAGGAAAGUGUGGUUGAGUCUCCACAGAGUCUGGCGAGUGGAUUACUGAGUAUACCUUUGUCUAACGUGGAGCGCUUGAAAUCCACACUGUCCACUAUUUCAUUGACAGAACUUAUUGAGCUUUUACCCCAAUUAGGACGACCUUCAGGAGACCAUCCGGAUAAGAAGAAGCUUAUAUCUGUUCAGGAUUUUUUCAGAUACACCGAGUCUGAAGGAAGGAGAUUCUUUGAAGAGUUAGAUAGAGAUGGUGAUGGUAAAGUUACUUUGGAAGAUCUGGAAAUUGCAAUGAGGAGAAGAAAAUUGCCUAGAAGAUACGCCAAGGAUUUUAUGAGAAGAGCAAGGAGUCAUCUUUUCUCGAAAUCGUUUGGUUGGAAGCAGUUUCUGUCUUUGAUGGAACAGAAGGAGCCAACCAUCCUCCGUGCCUAUACUUCUCUCUGUUUGACAAAGUCUGGUACUCUUCAGAAGAGUGAGAUAUUGGCAUCACUGAAUAACGCAGGACUUCCUGCUAAUGAAGAGAAUGCUAUUGCCAUGAUGAGGUUUUUGAUGGCUGAUACUGAAGAGUCUAUCUCGUAUGGACAUUUCCGUAAUUUCAUGGUUUUACUGCCAUAUGAGCGGCUACAGGAUGAUCCUCGUAACAUCUGGUUUGAAGCUGCGACUGUUGUUGCUGUUGCACCCCCUGUGGCCUUACCUGCUGGAGAUGUUCUAAAAUCUGCAUUAGCGGGAGGACUUGCCUCUGCUCUCUCUACUUCUCUAAUGCAUCCCAUUGACACAAUCAAGACACGUGUGCAAGCAUCAACCUUAUCGUUUCCUGAAGUAAUAGCAAAGCUUCCUGAGAUUGGUGUCCGGGGAGUAUAUAAGGGUUCUAUUCCAGCGAUUCUUGGACAAUUUUCAAGCCAUGGCCUACGGACAGGAAUAUUCGAAGCAAGUAAACUUGUGUUGAUCAAUUUUGCUCCCAAUCUCCCAGAAAUUCAGGUUCAAUCAAUUGCAUCAUUCUGCAGCACGCUAUUAGGCACAGCUGUGCGGAUUCCAUGUGAGGUGCUGAAGCAACGGUUGCAGGCUGGCAUGUUUAACAAUGUAGGGGAAGCCAUUGUAGGGACGUGGAAGCAAGACGGUCCAGGGGGUUUCUUCCGUGGGACAGGCGCAACUCUUUGCCGUGAAGUUCCAUUAUACGUUGUUGGCAUGGGACUGUAUGCAGAGUCCAAAAAGAUGGUGGCGCAAGCACUGGGAAGAGAACUCGAGGCAUGGGAGACAAUAGCGGUUGGGGCGGUAUCAGGAGGCAUAGCAGCAGUUGUGACAACGCCAUUUGAUGUGAUGAAGACGAGAAUGAUGACUGCAACACCAGGGAGACCUAUCUCAAUGUCAAUGGUUGCUAUCUCAAUCCUAAGCCAUGAGGGACCGCUUGGUUUGUUUAAAGGAGCAGUCCCGAGGUUCUUCUGGGUGGCUCCUCUUGGUGCCAUGAACUUCGCUGGCUAUGAGCUAGCGAAGAAAGCUAUGCAGAAGAACGAGGAAGCUCUUGUGUCUGAUCAGCUUGGUCAGAAGAAGCUUUGCUGA